AUGGGCCGGCACCAUCAGAAUCACCACCACCCCCUUCGUCUUCCUGACCACCUCUACCUCUCUCCUCCCUCGCCGCCAAGCCCUGCCUUCUCCGCCGCGACUGCGCCCACUUCGCUCCUCGCGGUCAAGUCGGCCAUAUUCUUGGCCACUUCGACUUCCCUGUUCCAGGAGGUUGGGCGCUCCCGGGCUUUCGCGAUCCGUGACCGCAUCCCCGGGUUCAAAACUUCUGCCGCUUUCUUCACCACCCUCCGAGCAAACUUGAUCCUCCUCGACCUCGAACAUACCUCGUCCGUCGCAAAUCCUCCAGACAUCCUCCACCCAGCGGACUGGACGAGUCCAGGGAAUUCAGGCACUCUCAAUUCUACUGCCCCCUCACCACAGUGCCACUCCUACUGGCAUUCAGAAAUGGCCAACAAUGACGACGACUCCACCGUUGCCGCACUCGCCUCGCUCCCCGAGCUCACGACCAAGCCUGCCGCGACCGACGACGACCGCGUCGAAGCCCUGCACCUGAUCGCCGACUCGGUCGCCCAACAACGCCAACUGGCCUCCACGGCCAUCAUAUUCCACCCCCUCACACUCUGCGCGCUGGUCCUGCUCUUCGGCCUGGCCUACCAGAACCUCUACAAGGGGUCGUACUCGGACUGGGCACUCGUCGGGACCACCUCGGCGGGUAUCCUCAUGGCCGUGCUCAUCACCGUGAGGUGGCUCACGGGCGGGUACAUCUUCGAGGCCGAGCGGGUGGGGACGUGGAAGUGGCUCGACGAAGGGCGCGGUGGCGGUGACUCCCACUCCGACACCGAGAUAGUCGGCUCGCACGACGACAUCCUCCUCACACGCUACGGCGACGAAGUCAUCGGGGCGAUCGUCCUGCGCGGCGUUCGCGACCCGUCACCCGGCGGCGGCAGAUCACGCAAAAAUGCAGCCCCCACCGUCGGGCAGAUCCGCGCGUGGACGGUGAAGCGCCGCUACCGCCGCAAGGGCAUUGGGCAGGGCCUGCUGGAGGAAGCCGUCGCGUGCUGUCGAGACAAAGGUUGGCAAGGGCCGGAGUUUGCCGAGAAGCACGCCAACUCGGCGAAGCUCGUGCAUCCUACGUUUAGCGGCGGCUUCACUAAGCGCGAGAGGCAGGCAAGGGAGAUGCUGCAGAGGGUGAUUGAAGAGCAGGGCACCAGUACUGCUGGGGGGAAGAAAGGCAGGAGAUGA